UCUAAUCCAUCCUACACCUUCGCAUACAUUCCUGUUAGCAUGCGUUUUCGAGAGCAGAAUAGCCUAGAUCCUCGCUUUUCCUACUGUGAAUAUCACUACGAGACGCGUUACCGGCCGACGUUUUUCAGUCUACGCCUCUCUCGCCAGUGUCGAAAAACUCUAGACUACGAAUGGCUUAAGUGGGUUUUACGGUUGGUUUUGCACCUGUUUGUUUUAUGCUGGAGCCAUGUUCUACUUCAAAGUAUGAAAGGAUCCAUCGAGUCUUUAUUUAGACUCUCAACGCCUUCAAUCUAGGCCCAUACGGUCGAAACGUCUUGUUUGACAAUACGACCCCCGCUC